AUGUUUAAAUUUGGAUUGGAUUUUUUGUCUAAGAAAAGUCUUCCCCAAGACUUCGCUGAUCAAAUUCUCAAGCUUGAAAUGGAGAUCGAUAGCAAUGAAUAGACUCAGCUUUCUCAAUUAUAAUAGUUAAUCUCACUAUAUAUGGUAAUUACCAUUGCUAAAUCAUAUAGAUUGGAAUAGAAUAUUAUGAAUCCAUCUAAGAUAAACGCAGCUUUUUCUUCUAAAAAAAACUCAAUGCUCUUAUUCUGUUUACAACUCAAAGAGAAAAUGAAGAAUUUCUAUUGUCAAAAGAAUAAAUUAUCAAUAAGAGAGCUAAAUUCGAAGAAGAAUCAAAACGUAUUGAACUUGAUCUAAUCUACAGCUAAACAGAAUCUAAAGAGGUACAAAUUUCAUAUUUGUGAUUGAGGCUCAAGUUAAAGAAAUAGUUAAUAAUCAUACUAAUCAAGUUAAGUAAAUAUAAACUAUGAUACAAAACGAAAUGGCAUCUCAAACUGACACUUUCCAAAUGCGUCUUGAACGUAGAAGAAAAUCGAAAAUUACGCAUUCUUUAAGCUAAACAGAGAUCGAUCUAUAAUCAUACAAUACUACUAUCCCAAUUAAGAAAACAGAAUUUAAAGAAUAAGGAUGUAUUGUACUAAUUCUGAUAGAAAAUUGUAGCUUAAACUAAAUAGAUCAUUAUAGAGGAAGAUGAUACUAGCAGAAAACACUCAUUUUUUCAAUUUGAAUAGGAUGGUAUUGAAAAUGAACUACUACAAGAAGCCAAGUAUUGAUGAUGUUUAUUACUUCUUAGGUCGAAGCAAUAUUAGAAGCAUUAGAGAUAUGGAUCAUAAAUUCCUAUAUCCAAUAUUUCUAUUAAACAGAGGUUUUUAAGUUAGGAAUUUGAUUAAACCCAAGAGGAAAUACAGGUAUCAUCCCAGAAAGAAAUUUAAUAGGAGAACCCUUGAGUUCAAUAAUCCUAUCG